UGUUAUUAGAUGAAAAUGAUCAUAAAAACACUAAAGCCCGUAAAGUCUGGUUCCUUUUUCAUUGGCCAAUGAUUGGCAGCCGCGCAAUUCUAUGCAGCGUUCAUGAUGGCUCGCCUUAAGCUAUCACUUCUGUACAUUCAUAUACUGGCAUUGGCUCAACAUGCUUACUCUGAGCCUUUGAAUUUGCGCAAGGUCCUACAGGGCUGGGCCAAUACUUCUUGGAUGCAAGUCCGGAGGCUGCAAGACGUCUCCGAUAUCGCCCUCGCGUUUCCCGAAUCUGGCCUGUGCUAUGAGGGCUGCUUUCAUGCACCGGUUUCGGACCCUUGGGCAGCUCCUUUGCCCGAGGAGCUUGCCCGUGGGACAUUUGAGACACCCAUGCCCCUUUUAAACUGCUCCAGCUUGGCGCUGACCGCCGGCUUGAAAUACUUUGCAAUAGUGGACGAGUUCGACUGCUACGGAGGAAACACGACGGUUCAGGGAUGGCGGCAGGACGUUGAUUGUGAGUUGCAGUGUAUGCCAGGUGGCAACAUGCCGUACACAUGUGGAGGCAACAGGCGCGCAUCUGUGUUUAGCUUUGGUAAAUGCGAAACUGAUACAUCUCCAUGUGUGCCAAGUCCUCAGUUGCCACCCAGGCAGUCUUCUCCACCACGACGACCGGUCAUGUUUUCUUUACCACAACUGCCACAAGUACCACAACUACCACCAUCACCAGGCCAUGCAAUAUCACGACGUUCAGAAAAUUACCGAUCGGCGGAUGCAGAUUUCGUAAAAUAUGCACUACAGAAUACUGCAGGCCGGGAGCCCAAGCUGCCUUGUCGUUGGCUCAUCGCACACAGACACAGAAGACACAGACACGUUUAUUACCUCCCACAAACUCCGGUAGCUCAAGUCCUGCCUCCAACACCAUUUACCCCCCUCCACCAAAUUACAUCCCUCCGUAUUAUUCCGCCCUUCGUAGCACCGCGGAAUUUCCGCUGCCGUAAUGAUGGUGUGGCGCUUUGGGGUGUAGAGGGCCCCCCUGUGAAGCUAAGCCUCAAGAACAAUCGGACCGUCAACGCGGAAGGGUGUCUGCGCCGUUGCUUCAGCGAUCCGGCCUGCAGCGGCUGCUACUACAAGACGGACAACAACUGCCAUCAGUUCUCCCAGCUGACGCGGGCUGUUGAGAUAUUGGCAUACGCUGAUGAGUAUCACUCAUGCAUUCAGCCGGCACCAUUGUGCCGCGGCGACACCGACGAUAGCCACAGCUGA